CAACGAGCGCGGGAAGUAACCGCAAGGAUAAGGGUCGCAUAGUCACAACUCGGCAACAAGUUUCAUUUUUACAGAAUUCGGGUUUUUGUUCAUAUUUUUCACCUUGAAUGCUGAAUGUUCCUGCCGAACCCUGUAUCCCAAAUUGUUUGUGAGGCAGUAGGCUAUGGAACAAACCUAAGGUUCUCCUAUGAAGGGUGCUGGUGUCAUAAUAUCGACAGGUCACAGAAAACUUGGCCCAAAUCAAUCAUAAAUUGAGCUGGUUAAAAGAAGACUAGCAGCGACUUCCUCUCUGGCGACAGACCUGGAACUUACCACUGCUUGGAGACGCAACAAUCUUGGAAAGGUUAAAGCUACCAAAACACGGUACUGUACCUUGACGAACAAAAAGCGUACUAGCGCCCAUCCGAGUUCUGCGAGAGCCAUUAAUUUUGGCCGGUCGGAAUCCAGAUCACCGAGGACUUGAUUUGGCACGAACACAUUUCGUCAAUCGCGGCAGCUGCUGGGAAAAAGAUUAUAGUUGAAGGUGACUUUUAUGCUUAAAAAGAAACGAAGCAAAACACUCAAGAACCUGAAGAAGAAACUUUUAACCUCAUAACAAAUAAACACCAAUUAAACUUAAGUGUAUAAAGUAUAUGAGUAUUUAUAACAAAAUAGAAAAGUUGUUCGAGAAUAUUCAAAUUUCAAAUUUUAAUUUGAGUGACGAAAAACCAACCAUGAUGUCCAAUGGUUUAGAUUCUGGAGUCGUAGGACAACAAAAUGGCAACAGUCAAAACAAUGUUGGUGGAGGGCAAGAAGAGUCGAAGACGAACCUCAUUGUUAAUUAUUUACCUCAGAAUAUGACACAAGAGGAAAUUAGGUCGCUUUUUUCAAGUAUCGGCGAAGUGGAAAGUUGUAAACUCAUUAGAGAUAAAGUCACAGCAGCAGAAAUAGUGUACAUAGAUUCUUUUACAGGGCAGUCGCUUGGCUACGGAUUUGUAAAUUAUCACAGACCCGAAGAUGCAGAAAAAGCAAUCAAUACACUAAAUGGACUCAGGCUACAAAACAAAACGAUAAAGGUAUCAUACGCAAGACCUAGUUCAGAAGCAAUCAAAGGUGCAAACUUGUACGUAUCCGGUUUGCCGAAAAAUAUGACGCAGCAAGAUUUAGAAGCUCUUUUCAGUCCAUUUGGUCGGAUAAUCACAUCACGGAUUUUAUGUGAUAAUAUUACUGGUUUGUCUAAAGGUGUCGGUUUUAUAAGAUUUGACCAGCGAUUAGAAGCGGAACGAGCAAUCCAGGAACUCAACGGGACCAUUCCCAAAGGGUCCACAGAACCCAUCACUGUAAAGUUCGCCAAUAAUCCAAGUAAUAACAAUAAGGCUAUCCCUCCUCUUGCGGCUUACCUCACUCCUCAAGCUACAAGGCGAUUUGCUGGACCCAUUCAUCACCCAACUGGAAGAUUCAGGUACUCUCCGCUGGCCGGAGACCUGUUGGCCAAUUCGAUGUUGCCGGGCAACGCGAUGAACGGCUCUGGUUGGUGCAUUUUCGUCUACAAUCUGGCUCCUGAGACUGAAGAAAACGUUCUCUGGCAGCUAUUCGGUCCUUUUGGGGCAGUGCAAAGCGUCAAAGUCAUACGCGACCUUCAGACAAACAAAUGCAAGGGAUUCGGCUUCGUCACCAUGACCAACUAUGAUGAAGCUGUCGUCGCUAUCCAGUCGCUGAACGGAUACACGCUGGGCAACCGAGUCUUGCAAGUCAGCUUCAAAACGAAUAAGAGCAAGACUACAUAGAGUGAAGGCAAACAGUAGACAGGAUGUUCCCCGCGCCCUGAUACAUUUGUCACCGAUACAUCGUAAGGUUUCUUAUCAUGUCACUAUAUUUAUCUACUUAUUUAUUUGUCUGCAAAGGUAUAUCACAAGUGUACAGUUUGUAUUGUAAUUGUCCCAAGAAUCAUGGAUGUCGUUCAUUGUGAGCGGGUUGUUUGGCAAACUUCGAAAUUUGUCAUGUGAAAGUAAAAGGCUUUUUUUAAAGAAGUCGUGUGCAAUACAGAGAUAUAUCAAUGUAUACAGGGUGUAAACGUUAUGGUAGUCAUUAUUGAAAAGUCGAUAGAUUUUUGUCUAAAUGGCUUUAUACUUUACAACUUUAAGUGUUUUAUAUCGACCACAAUCUUACUAAUUUUUAUAAUCCAAUCUAAAACGUUUUUAAAUUGGGUAAUUAACAAAUAAAUGGCAUUAAAUUUUUCUAAUCGAUCGCAAACGGUAACAGUGGUUAGUUAUCCUUUUGCAUAGUUUUUCGGCGUUGUCAGAUUUAUUUUACUUUAAAGUCACUUUUCUCUAAAAAAAUGCCGUUUUGACCCACAUGUUAUAUGAAACUUUUUGCUUCUUUUAACCCCCUCUAUCACCCAUUUAAAUAAUGGCUAUCAUAAUGUUUACACCCUGUAUAUUUAACUAGUUCAAUGAACUGUCACAAAAAAUAUGAUUUCUGAUUUUUGAUUACAAUACACUUAUCCAAAAUGACCUUGAAGGUUAUGGAGCGGUUGCAUUUUGCAGAUUGACUCGGUAUUUAAGGAUAUUUAUAUUUAGUUUCAGUGACUUGAUGCGGAAUAAGAUGCUAUUUACUGAUCAAUUUUAGAUAAAUUAAUGUGACUGCACUAUCAGGGUGCUGUGAACCUAGGGUAAAGUACCUUCCCUAAUUAAAAAAAAAAUAGUACUUAUACAAAAUACGAUGCUAGUCAGAAGUGCAUUCACGUUUCCUAUGGCAAACAUUUUUACGGUCUCAUGUUUUUGUAUCCCAAUAUUAAAUAAAUCUCGUGCCAUUGCAAAUAAUUGCUACUGGGAAUCACCAAAAGAAUCAUAUUUAAUUCAGUUUAAAAAGAAAAAUUUUUGUAUUUAGUAUUUAUUAUAAUAUGCUGAGUAAGUCGAAAUAUCCAUAAAGCACAAUAUUCCGCCAGAGAAACAUUUUUGCUCGACGAGAUUUUGGUUUUGAGCACAUGACUUUCACAUUGACUUUGAAACUGAGCAAAAAGCAAGAGAUUGAAAAGUUCAAUUUGUGUUUUUAUUUAUACAUUUGACCUUGGAUGCCAUUCUAUGGUAGGUUGUGGAUUCCUAUUUAAAAAAUGUAGUUGACCUUGAAAUUCUACACCAAGGCCAUUUGUGCAAAGAACAUCGCUGUGAUGUCAUAUUAUGUAAUAUAUGUACACAAACUUUAAUCUUGGAAUGGCAUCCAAGGUCAAUGGGCUAAAUUUCAAUGUUAUUGUGAUGGUCAGUGCAUCGAUUGUUUUUUCUCUGAUGGGAUAAUUUGCUAUGUGAAUAAUUUUGAUCAACUGAGUAUUUUUUUGUAAGAUUAAUUUAUCCAUGUCUUAAGUAGAGUAAUUUAUGUAUUUGUAUGUAGUGUUUUUUGUGUAUUAUUCUUAAAAUGAAGCUAGUCGCAUAGCAACGGGCACACAGAGCAGCCAAAUAAUAGUUGUUUGUUUUGUGGUAUUGCAAUCUCGUUGCACUUGUGUUUUUUUGUAUUUCAUAGGGUGGAAAUGGUAGUACGGACAAACUAUAAUGAGGUGUUAUGGUAAAAGUCCGUAUAGCUGACUGCUCUUCUAUUCUUAUAUGUGUGUUGUGUUUAGUUCCACAUUACUACCAGUUUUUCUAACAUCAUAUGAGCUUUCUAUCCAGAAUGCGUGGUUUUGCUUACAAUGCCAACUGUUAAGCGAGAGGUGAGACCACAACUGUCUAUAUUUCAUUCUUUUCUUUAUUUUUCUUGGAGAAUACCAUGUUUAUUUUGCUACUUCAUCUAUUUAUUUAAACUAUAAUUUAUUAGUUUGGUUUGUUAUUAAUUUAUUGCUGCAAUUUAUUUUGAUCAAAUGUUUGAUUUCAUUCUGAAUAUUAAUUAAAGUUUACUUAUGAUUUUAAUUUAGUUUUUAUUUUUCUUUCUUUUCCCGCUGUUGUGUCUCGUAGUGUAAUCGCUGAAGAGGACCCAAUAUGCAAUAGCGUCUAAAUUAUGGAACUUCCUUCAUUUUUCACCUAGAAAAAUCCCGGGAAACACAGUUAUUAUCUUCUUGGGACAUUUGCCAAUCUUCUUUCAGUAAGUAUUCACCUUAUACUUGUUACUUAGCAAUUUUAUAGAGAUAUUCAAAAAUCAAGAAAGUUCCAUGCUUUUAGCCACUACUGUCGAUAUAAAAAAUAUCUAUCGCCUAUUUCACCGAAGUUCAUCUUUGCUCAUCAAACUCUAACUACGCCAUUAUUUUCUGAAGCUGCCAUACACGCUAAUAAUAAUUUGUUUACAAAUACACAAAGUUAACAUGUAUGGUCAGCUUAGACUCUAGUAAAAAUAAUGAUCACAUGGACCACGUUUAUCUCGUGAAGGGUUUGGAUUAAUACUUGAUUAGAUUAUCCUAAUCUCACAGCGUUUAUGACGCAAUAAAAACAAAGAAAUACUCCCUACGUGUUCUUUAUUUAGCUUCAUAUUUCACUGAAAUUUAUAAUGACCGAAUAUUAUCCAGGAAGUCCCCUGUAAACAGCUAGCCUAAUCUCCAAACUUGAAAUCACACGGGAACGGCUAAAUGUCAACAUCCAGUUCUGUUAAAGUCAGCGGCAAGCGAUGGAUGACGCUCGUAAUCAGUGUGUAUGCUUGCCGGAUCCAAUCCAAAGGAUAAUCUAAACCGCCAAGAAAUCGGAUUGGGAUCUUCCUAGGCGUUUACUAACGAUUUAAGGGCCGAUUGUGGAGGGUAAUCCAAAUUAAAUCCUCGAGAUAAACGUUAUACAUAAAAUGACAUAUUUUUCGAUACAUAAUUCGUUGCUGUCAUUUGAAAGGUCAUGAAAUGAAUUCUUUGAGAUAAGCGAUAGAAAUAACGCGCUAUGCACAAAUGGCAGUCCGAAAGAUGACGCUGAAUAUAUUCUGGCGAUUGGUGUCAUCUUAUAACACAGACUAACCCACUUCCACUUUGAAACACUUUAUUUUUAUAAACAGGCAUACCUUGCGAUUGGAAUGAAGACGAUAGACUAUUUAUAGAAAAUUUUAAAAUGCGGCACACUGAUCGCGUAUAUACUUAUUAUCGGGGAUAUAGAUUUAUCAGUCACAAUUUUAUGAUUUUCACCAGUCGCUCGUCAAGUUUCACAGUUCAAGCUCAAAUACUCGUACAAAUUCUUUGGGAGUGAAAGAAAAAAAGCAAUGCAUGUUAAUCCAUUGCCUUGCUCUAAGAUAGAAAGCCUACCUACCUAAUAUGUCCAGAGGAAAUGAAAAGGGGCAUUAGUCCAAAAUAUUGCGAAGUUCCUAAGAACUCGUGGCUAAUCAGCAACUGAAUCCCGAACCACUUGCCAUUGUGAAUAUUUGAUAUUUGUAUUUGCCUAUUGAACUGGAGAUCAUACUGAAACGCACACACCCAGUUAGCAAUACUGGUUACAAACCGUAUAAAAAUAUGAUUUUUUUUUCGGAAAAGACGAACUAAAAAGUACAAUGAAUAACCGAGGAGGCCGAAAUUCUAGUCGAAUCACAUUGGGACGAGUAUGGGAUAUUUCUGUUUUCUACUUUGCGUAUAAGCUCUUAGAAAAACAUCAAGUAACUUAGAUGCGCACACAUAAGGAGCUACCUGCCAGACACAGGUGUUUCAACGUUUAAUCUGUCAAAAGUUUAGGCUAACCGACAGAAAUGUUUAGAUAAUGACAAUUUAAGUCGGAACCGAAAUCGUAGCAAAAUAUCUGUUAAAGCAAUACACGAUUUUGAUAUAACGUAAUGCAUAGGCAAACCCGGAUAUAGUUUGGUUUAUGGAAGUCCUAUAUAGUGUAGUAGACAGUAUGCGGUCUUCUCAAUGAUAGCUUUAAAGAUGAGCGGGGAUAUCUUGUGGACAUGCGGUUGACUGUCUUUGGGACUAGUCUCGACUUGAACGAAAUAUUCAUACACCUUACUCACUAUUUUUGGCUACCAUGAUGUAGUGUCAUUUUGAUCAGUUAUAAAACUGCAUCAAAUAACAUGGAUAGAGGCUGAGCAGAUUGCGUUCAAGGGUAGAUUGAUUGAAACUUCUGUCAAACAUGGUUGAUAAAGGUGGUUUGUCAUCUCUCCUCCUCAAUAAGUGAAGGAACGAAUAUGCAUUCUACCCUAAGGUUUGCCAAUCGUGCAUGUCAAAAGCUAUCUAUCCUUGAAUGCAGUUUGGAGGCUACACCAAGUAGUUCGUUAAUGGUGAGGGUAGGUGUGUAUGUCCUUGAAAAACUAUGUAGAUAUAUAAUCAUCAAUGCCAGUAGUUUUUCUUCCUGCGAUUCCCUAUGUGAAAUGCUGUGAUCUUAAAUUAAUUCGAAGGUAUAAUGUUUGGUGUAGGUUAGAUUGUAUGAGGAGAGUUAGGUGAUAUAACCCGUACAGCAUCAGCUGUAGCAGCACGAUAUUGCGAUAUACCCAAAGUUUUAACCUAGUUACUCAAGAUAACCUAAAAGGUACAAUUAGACUUGAUUAUGCAAUAUAUCAAAACCUCGUUGAAAACAUGUGAUAAAGUAUACUCGAACUAAUCAUGGUUACCUGAUAUAUCCAUGCAUUAACUUCAGUGAAGUUUUGCAUUAAAUUAUACUCUACCGUUUCACUUUUAUAAGCCCAUUUUGUGAGUGGUGGUAUUUUUACGAUAAAACCACAUCGACAGGGCAAUAUCGUAUGCUUUUCUAGAGGUAUGGAACUUUAAAAUGGGAUAAAACAAAAAUGUUUAUUGUCGCUUGACUUGAAGAAACUGGAUUCUGAACGACCAGCUUUACUGAUCUGAUAUUGUUGAAUCCAUAAAAAAUAAUCCAACAUAUGGUCUUAAGUAAAUUGACGUUUCGCACGCCGCGUGGCAUCAUCUUACUGAAACCGCAUUUCGUUCACGAUUAUUCCGUUCAUUUCCUCGUUUUAUAAUAUUUUUAAGUUCUAUACAUUGAAAAAACACUCGAUAUAUCCGUUUUCGUAAUCAAUUCUUACAAGUUUUUUCGUAACCAAUUCGUGUUAAAGCAAUAUAAUAACUCAAAAGUGACAGAUCUGAGACGAUGGAUUCUUUUGAUUAAUAGGUUCAAGUACUCACGCACAAACAAAUGCACAUCCCUAUUUAUUUGUAAAGAAAAAAUGAAAAUAUGAAGAGAAAAGAACAAUUUCACAUUUGAGAGUGAGACUCAUUUCUGCCAAACUCCCACCUUGACUCGAGUUUUCAUACUAAAACUUGUGCUGUCAUAAUCCAGCCUCCACAUAAUAAUGUGGAGUAUCAGUUUCAUAUACAAUGCUCUCAAAGACCUCAAGUAGAGCUUCGCUUGAGAUCUCUGCUAUAUCUCCUUCUUUGGGUUUCCCCCAUUUCAUACAUGUUUAUAUUAAAUAUGCGUCUUUGGUAUCGUACACAUUCCAAUUACAUUGCAUUUACACUGUACAAAGUAGGUAAAGCUCCACAUAGUGUCAUUGAAGAAUGAAUAUUGUAUUUUGAGGUACGCUCAUACAUUCCAAUUUUGUCCAAAGUGCGAGAAGUUUCUUUCAAUCCACAGAGCUCUCUCGAGUCCAGCAUAGUAUAGUAAGACCUCUGACAUAUCUAAUAAAAUGUGAGUGUAAGAGAUAUCUACGUACUACGUCUUGAAUUAUGGAUUAUUUAUCGAUUCAGGGUUAAAACAGAAUUACCAUGUAUGGAACUACAGCACAAAGUUUGAACACAUAUCAAACCAAAUGCUGUUGAAGCUUCGUGCGUUCCUAUCUAUUCCAUACCGCGGAGAUUGAGCAUAAGAGUGGUGAAACCCAAAUAUUUACUGUACAAUGCUGUAUAGCAUCGAUUGCUAAAUUUAACCAGUUGCAAUUGGUGAAGAAAAUCAACUAUCAAAGUUUCCGAACUUUAUCAUUUUAGCAGACCGCGAUACUACGCGCAGAUGCGAAUUGGGCGCCAUUUUCCCCAGAUUGAAGAAAUUUGGAGCAAUUUCGCAACCGUGCACCGUGACAAUGAAUAGAGAUUUUGAAGGUCGGGAUCGAAAUUUUUUCAUUAUUUCCUUGAUCUGGAGAAAUGCCGCGCCAUUUCCUGCACGGAAUUUCACAUUAUUUUGAGAUUCAAAGCAUGGAGGUGGAAUGAUGAAUGAUAUGAGUCAGCUAACAAAGAGGCUUCCUCAAUAUGCGACAAGCAAUCGCGUACGCCGUACGGGUUUAAAAUGUACAAUCUUAAAAUCAUAAGGCAAUAGUUGGGUCAAUCCAUGUCUAAUCAAUCUAUCGGUUUUGGUGGCAUCCGAGACAUUGUUUUGAUUUUGGUAUUGAAUAAUAACCUCUAGGCUACUCCUCCGAUACUGAAUGAGAGAGAAAAAGACAACAAUAGCGUCCUAGUGGGCCAUUUUUAGCACCUCUAUCAAUGUUGGUUUCAACCUAAGGUGCUUCGUGUUGAAAGUGGGCAUCGAAUUUAGAAAAAUAUCGAAAAAUCACCUUUGAGAAUUUUGUCUGGAACAGCGAUACGAAAUGCCAAUAUGAUCAAAAUCGGAAAACUUUGAUUUCAAAUUUAUAGACGUGGAAUGGCCCAAUUCGAAGCACAAACUAGGCUUUUUCCUGAAGAAACUGAGCUUGACAUGGAUCCAAUAUUGUCAAUCGGGUGCCAUAAAAGUCUAUCUUAUCAUUUUACCAUGGCAAAUGGGCAUUUCACGUGAGGUGUACAAUCAUAAAAUUCUUGAUCAUGAUUUCGUAGUUUCCAUGGUUGACGAUGAGCGCAUAGCACAUACUCUGUAUAAGGCAGCAAAUUCUGAGGAGUACGGUUUCGAUAGCUUUAACGUUACACAGAGUGCAAAUGCAAUGCGAUGAAUGUUUAACCAGUCAUUUUGCCCUGAAUUUGAGAAAAAUUAUAAAAAAUGAACUCGCUAAACAUAUAAUCUCCCCAGAGAUGACAAGAACAAUCCAUAUAUAACUGAUGGCAAACCAUUUAUACCGGAUCUAACGAAAAAUGUAACAGAGUUUCUGCUAGGGCUGAACAAGAAAAACCCUGAAACUCUAGUGACACUGUGUACAUGCAGAUUACGUUGGCCAUAUUAUUAAAGUGAAAAUAUUUCGCCGUAGCAAAAUAGAUGCUUCGUAAGUCACUAACGUGGUGUUACAUUGGAGUUAUGUAAAAGCUACGUCAGCAGUGGCGUACGAUAAGUUAUGUUGAUCUCUUCCAUUUUAGUAUAUUACUAUAGUAGGUAUCUAUAGCAGAAACAAUACACAAAAGAUCUUGAAUCAUGUUGAUUGUCUCUUCAUGUGGAAUGCAAAGUAAGAUGAGGUGAAUAAUACUGGUGAUAUCACGCCCUUUCUAGGGUUUUCUUCUAGAAGCCUGGUAUACUAGCGACGUAGAUGAUGUUAUUCGUUUAACUGGCCUAAAUCGAAACACGUGUAGACUAAUUCCAUAUACAGAACAACGAUAUAUUUCAAAUGAUAUUACUUAUAUAUAUCUGUCAUCAAUGCUUAUUUACCAUUCUUAGCUUCUAUUUGACUAGUGUUCGCUAUAUAUGAUAUGACUUGCUUAAUGUUUUUCAUUAUUAAUUGAUGGUUGAUUAUUAAUUAAUUAUAAUUCAUUAACGAUACCGUAUUGCACUAUUGCAUAUGCGUAUCGUAUCUAUAUCUACAUAAGUGUUAACUCUUUGUGUGUUGUGUAGAUUACUAGUAUAAGUGUAACAUAGUUCAUAUUCCUAUUGUUUACUUUUUCUCUAUGUGUGUAGCUGGUGUUUUUUCUCUCGAUCGUAUUGGGGCUGCCCGCCAUAUCCUUGUAGCUUCAAUACGAUCGCAAAGGCGGCUUUCGAUUUUCCAGCACAUCUAACUGUCACCAAACAACGUCCUGGGACUCUAAGCUUGUACUUACAUAAUCAGGAACAUUAUCCAUUUAUUAAACGAACGAGUAAAACCCUUGUUACAGAUACAAAACAGUCUUGAGUAAAGAAUUACAUUGUAAGAAGACCGAGUUAUGGAUCCAUUUAAACCAUAUUUUGUUUGAUGAAAGGGAACCAAGAAAGCAUCAGUGAAACAGCUGGGAACAAACAAUGUGACCAUUUAUAAUUUUGUGCAAUAAAAAUAUGGUCUAAGUGUCUUUGUAGCAAUUCAGUAUCAUGUUUGUUCCCCAUAAUUCUAAAAAUCUUAACAUCACUGCGUACUAAACUCACAAGAUCAUUAAUAAAUAUAUCAAAUAACAACGGACCUAUGCGGGAACCCUGCGGAACUACAGAAGUUACACGGAUUAACACGUGUAUAACGGAAAAAAUGUGCAUUGGCCAAUAAUAAUGCAAAAAGACGUUUUAUGCCUCAAUAGCAAUGAAAUGGAACUCAAAAUACUAAUAAUAUUAACAUUUUCUCUGAGAAAUUCAACUUUAGAGCCUCCAUAUGUACUGAAAUUGGUCUAUGAUAUAACAUACAGGCGCCAUAAAGAUAUAAAUAGCUGGAAAAGAGUAUUGUCGGCUGGGAAACCAAAAACUUCGAAGCUUCUGUUUGUAUCAGGUCAACCCUACAUAAAACGGUGGCAUUCAGUUUUCGAAAUGGUGAAAACUAUUUAAUGGUUAGACUGUCUGUAGCACAACUGAAUUUUGUCUUUGACAACCUUGUUACAAAGGUGAACCUUGAACAUCAAACUUUUUAGCUUGAAAUAUAUGAAUCGUUAAUAUGAUAUAAACUAGGAAAGGAAAGAGUCGAACGUUAAGCUGCAAAUCAAUAUUACUGAACUUUGAACUAUUAUCACCCACAUUAUGAUAUAAAAUUGAAAUCAAGAUUUAAAUAUUAGCAAAAUAACUUAUGUCACAGCAAAUUCUUUGUCUUUUAUUUGAUAUAAUCAAGUCCCGUAACCACUUUCUUUAAAAAAAUUCGGCCUCGAGUUUAAGCACCCGAAACAUACGAUCUAGAGAGAUUAUGUACAUGUGCCUUAAAAAAACAUCUGUUGUCAUGGUGUACAUUUUGCGUACACUGGAAAAUUUGGCGAUCCGUAUGCAGAUUCUAAUUUCGGAAUUGAACAUUUUCUUCCAAUACGUCUUCCCGGUGAGAAGUAGUUUGAAUCUAUAACAUUUCAAAAUGGAUGUUGUGAGAUGUAUGUAUUCUACUGUUUUUUUUAUGAUUUUGAAUAAUCCGACAUAUGGCAUUAAACAUUUUAACCGUUUUUUUUUUGUCUCGAGAAGGAGAAUAAAGGAAGUAAUAUGUUGACCUCGAACCAACCUGCGUUGACGAAUAUACUUCUCACCAAAAAAAAAAAUCUAUCAAUUCCAGAAAUUUACCAAAUUAGAAUCUUUCAUUAGAAAAGCAGCUUGAAGCUGUUAUCACAAUGUGCCUUGUAUUGCAGCUAAACGUUGAACUUAAGUACGAAUUCGAAAAAAAGAUUUCUGAAAACAGCGGAUGACCGACAGAAAAAUGUUUUGCAAUAUAUGGAGGUGCUUGAUUAAAAAAAAUCUCGACGCAUAUUCUGUGAUGUUACCACUAGACCAUGAUAUAUCUAGAAUUUCAGUAAAAAAAUGUAUAGGCAGAUUUAAACAACGCCAUAUGAAAAAGUUCUUUAUCCAGAGAGAAAAAAAUUAAACCUUUCUUUAAUCGUCAAAAUUGAAAAGCAUAAGUUUUGGUCGUAUAUGAAAACUAUGAGGUAAUUAAAAAACUGCUUCAAAGGAAACUUGUAGACCUAGCUGCAAGAGCAAAGUGCGCGCAAGAAAAUGGUAUUAUAUUGCCGUGUCUUGGUAUAAAAACUACUUAGACCUGAAUCAUUUACUGCCACGAAUAUAAUUCCGCUGUAAAAUCUGUCUAUACAUUUUUUUCUAUAACAGGGUCCAUUUAUGGCCCAUUUACACAGCCAUACGAUACUGGGUUCCAACACUUUGGAUCCUGUGACCGAGAUGCAACCUAAGGUAAUGAGGGCGGGUCCCAAGAUAUAUUAUAUUUAUGUAUAUGUAUGACUAGAGAAACAAUAGUGAUGCAAUAAAAUAAAUUUUGUAGAUGGUAUGAAUGCCAUAACUAAUAGAUAGUGACCAUUAGGUCACGCAGCGUUUAUGAAGCUUUGAUAUCAAUAUUUAGAAGCUUAGAUUGGCUUUGGUGAAAAUAAGACAUGAUUCAUAGGGUAGAUUGGAUGGUUGGUUCAGUCAGAUUUGCUGGAAUAUCUUUAGCAAGCAUAACUCGGCUCCGCGUUUGAAAGCGGGGCUAAGCUCAAACAUUGUUGUGACGAGAACAUUCCAUUAUUUAAAAAAUCACUGAUUGAUAUUUACAUAUAUUAUAUAUACUCAUGCCUAUAUUCUAUCUGUUUUGAUAAAAUUGUGGUUACUAUUAUAAAUAUCUGGUGCAAAAGUUAUAUGUACAGAGGUUAUAUAUUAGGAAGUACAGUACCUCAUAACUGUAAUUCAUGCAAUAAUAUAAUGUAAGGCAAAAUCUAAUUACAAUAUUAAACUUUAGCUUUAGUAGUUUUAAGAAGCGAGGUUUAUACGAUUUCUUGACAUUUGACGCUCGAUUGACACGUCCGGGGCGUGUUCACCGAACGUCUGCCCUCCCCUUAACUGCUAAAGUCACCCUUAACGCAUCUACUUACACAAGGUUUCAAACCAACGCAUUUCAAAAAUUCAGAUAUAGCAACGGCAUAUGUCAUAUAACAAGAACAGUUAUUCUUUUUAUGUUUAUCAUUUUUGGUUUAACAGCAACAAUAGGUAUUGAAUCCAGAAGUUGGUUUGAAACGUGUUGUGCAUACCCUUGGCCAUCAAAAUUUGCUCUACACAGACCACAAGCUAAAAUUUCAUCAAACCUUGAACCUCAUUGAAAAUAUGUAACUUCGCUUGAAGGUGAUUAAGUAUAUACUGCAAAAUCGGUAUAGAUGCGAAAGGACGUCUGGAUAAUCGCUGAAAAAAGCAACAGCAUAUUCGGAAUUUAUGUUAGGGCUGGAACACGUACAUCAAAUUUUGAUAUUUCUUCUCUUAAACGAGAGAUGCCACGAAUAUUCGGUUAUUAGUAGUAAUAAUAAUAAUUUAUUGGUGUUACUAUACAAAUGUCAAAAGAGUACUUGUUGAAAAAGCAUGUCUGCCUUGACGAGCGCUUAGAAAACAAUUAAAAUGAAAGAAAAAUGAACUGUAACUCAUAUAGACAUACAAACAAAGUGCAAAAGCGAAGCAGCAAAAUAAUAUUCGGCAUCAGGUCACUAUUUUUAAUGAAAAAAUAUCACAUUUUUCUCAAAUAUAAAUAUAUUUUAUCAUCAACAAGCAUUGCAAUUAUUGAUUUAUCAUAGGUAAGUUAUGAUAAAUUAAAGGCAUUUUUUCAUAGCAGUUGAUUCCGCUUUUCGUCAUACACAUCGUUUUGAUAUGUUUCACUAUUCGUGGCACCUCUAACGUAAACGUUUGAUGAGAUACGUAGACAUGUUUUCAGUGAGUAGCUUUCGCUACAGUUUGAAUUGUGACGAAAUUUUGUCGUUCAUUCAAGUUAAACCUAAAACGACUAUACUAUACUAAUCGCAAAGGCAUUCAACAUCUAUUUAUAGAAUUAUGUUCCUUGACAAUGUUUAAUGGCAGCAUAUCAUGCCAAAUACUGUGCACUUGAAUCGUGAUAUUUCGCGAUUAUUUGUAGUUGCAAAUAUACGUUUCACGUAAUACACAAAAUAAUUUACGUUAGAAAACUCAGAAUUCAGCCACAUACGCGCAUAGUGAACAAAAUAGAGUGAAAGAAACUUUAACAUUAGAUCUUCCAAUUUAAACGAGAAACUUCCCUAGCAAUUUCAAAUGUGAUAGCUUAAAGAUUUUCUAUACAUUUUCCGCCAACAACAAAAAUUAUACUCGUUUUAGGUGUUUCUGAUAUCAGCAAAUGAUAGAUAAUGCCAAGUGGUGCAUAUUACCUUCUUUUUAUACCCUACCCGUAUCUACAAAAUCAACUGCAUUACCAAAAACCAAACAAUCGGAAAUACAGGGGUCUACAAAAAAAAAACGCAAUGAUUUUACUAGCAAGCUAUGCCAUUGAAAAUGUCAAACGUUACGAUAUCAGAGGAAAUCUUUGUUUUUUUUAACUCAGCUAUGACGGACGUUAGAAAGUUCAGUAUUUCCAAAUGCAAAUAAACUUAUGGUGCUUUGAUACAAUUUAAUAUCUAGUUAUCCUGAGAAAGUACUAAAACGUGAUAUGCCAUGAAAAAUCAUUCAAUACUUUUCAACACAUAGGGAUGGUGUAUUUAAAAUAUGUACUAAAAAUCUUGAUAAUGAUCACUAGUAAAGUUUGUUCAUAUGGUAACUUAAAAAGUAUAUUAAAAAGUUUAGACAAAUCUAGACAGCAAUUGUAGUGAGAAUAAGUUUUAUAUAAUUCAUGUACCUGGUAUGAUGCACUGUUCUACUCAUAUAUCGGUGGAAAAUGCAUUUUUGAAAUAACACUUUAAAGUUUCUAAAUAAUGUUGUCCAGAAAAUAUAUUAGCAAGGACUUAACUAACCUUUAUGGCAUUUUUAUCAGUAUUAUUGGACACUGAAAUAUAAUAUAGAUCAUAUUCCUUAGAAUUUACUGUAGUCUGUUUUAUAUACAAUAUAUAGAUUAAGAAAACAUUGAACUAGAAUAUUUGUGGAUCUUUUAACAAUAUCAUCAAUAAAAUAAAUCUUUACCCGUUUAUAUAUUUACUGAAAUCGUAAGUUAUUUUCUGGAUUUCAAAUCCACAUCUUUUCACAAUGAAGUAUCUCAAAAUUUUCCGACGAGUUAAAACUCGGUUGGGAAAUCAUAAAAUACGCGGAAAUAUGCAAUGUAGAAUAUUUAAUCUUAAAGAUCAAAGAGUAUAUGGGAGUAAGAAAUCUACUUCAAAAGUUUAUUUUUAAGCAAUCUACGGCAUAAAAGCAGUAUUUGCAAUAAAUUUAUAGCUGAGAUUUUUCGUAUGAGCGAAUAUAUUUUUGAAAAAACAAAACAUCUUGAGAGGUAGGAAAAUAUACAGAAUUUGAACCCAACCCUUCGUGAAUUGGCCUUUGCUUUGUCCUCUCAAGCUGUUAGCUGUUUUCAAAAACAUAUUGAUGCUGUAAUAAUAAGAAAGUUAUCACCAAUAAAGCACGACAAAGUUCCAAUCAGAAUAUAACAUGAAUGGAAUGAGAUGAAGGUGGAGAAAAUAUUUUUCACAAGCUUACGUUUACUUGUACAUGACAACUGUUCACUACUACGGCUACUCUAGAGCAGACUAGGCUUAUAAAUAAGCAGUAACAGUAAAUGUCAUGUAAGGAAACAAAGUUUGCGUUUCUUUUUUUAUUAAUGUUAUUUCAAUUUUUGAGAAAAGGGAGCAGAUGAAUGUUUGGUUUCGUUGGUAGUGCAGGUAUGAACGUGAUUGUUCCUUAUUUUAAAAAGGGCAAAGAACGUAUAUAUGCUUAGGGGAGGCGGUAGAUGACAUAUCAAAUGAAAGUACCAAUCACGAGACUAGUCAGUGACUUGGUGUGAAAUGUAACCCCGCUGAUUCAAGUCUUGAAAAAGCCCCAAUCCUGUGCUAUAGGCAAAUCAGUCUCUGAUGUGCCUUUAGAUAUAUUAAACGUUUAUAUACAUUUAACCAUUCCCGAUCAGAAAAAAACACACCGAAAUAUCCGUUACUGAAUACAGAAAUGAACGCGGAUGACUUGACUAUUUUUGAUACUCACUUUAAUAUCUGAGUGUCACAUCGGAUAUUUACUGACAUGGAACCAAGCAUAGGGUUUGGGUUGACAUGAGGACUCUAUGGAACUGAACUGAUCACAUACUGAUUACUACUAAGAUAAUUCUAUUAUGUGCUAAAUCAAGCGACAGGUUCACUUACAGUCACUGAAACCACCAUUAAAUUACCCUUUCAUACACCCGGUUUACAUCAUCAAUCUUUUCACCAAUUUAUUCAGACGGAUUUCUUCAAGGUCAUCCUGAUUAAGUUUUACAGUGUUUAUAUCAAUGAACAAAUUCAUGGAUGAUCGUCAGUAGUCAGUGCAACCAACCACACAACAGAUUCUUGCUAGAAAUAUUUUGAGCCUGUAUGUCUAUUGUGGUUUUGAUUUUGAGGCGAAUCCCAUAAAGAAAAAACCUUAUUGUUUAAUACUGUACUUCUAUCAAAGAUCUAUAGCUGAAGUGGAAAGUUGUUCAAUUUAAUGGAAAGAAAAGCAAGGUUGGCACCAUGAAAUUUGAACAAGUCCUUAUUUCGCCAAGAAAUUCACGAACUUCAUGGAUUUUUGUUUUGAACUUUCGAACUUGGUCUCAAUUCUUGAAGAAAUCCGCGGAUUUAUUGUCAAUGUAAAACGGACAAUACACUUUGUAGACAGAUAGAUCAAAACAAUUAGAAGAAAAUUUUUCGUUUGAAAGAGGGUAGAAAUCAAGGGAGACAUUUUAACCCUGACUGGAUGAUGAAGUGAAACGAGAAAGUUCACUUUAUAGGAUAAAAGUCAAGUUAAAGGUACUGUCCAACGUAAGUUGCAUAUGCACGUGCCGGGAACAUGUUGCGGAGGAAAUUUGUUAUAAUGGAAACGUACCUCAAUGGUAAUGGUAAAAUAGCAUUUCAUCGGAAUAUUGAACUGUAUUCGAUGCGAUACGUUAAAAUAGUGGUUUAGUGGUGGUGGACAGUUACUAAAUAGCCGUAAUGCGUUAAAAUCGCUGUUCCGACUGGGUUUAACAUGCGCUAAAGCUCUAUUCUAUGCUUCAGUCGAGUUUCUUGCCAGCAACACCAUCACAUAUUGAACUAAAUGUACAAAAUUUACCUAUACCCUGAGGAAAUGUCCUAUAACCUUGCAAGUUCAAUGAAAUUUCCGUGGUAAAUUUGUGAUAUAGUAUAAUAUACAGUAAGUUGAUGCCAAGCAUAGCUAACAAUUUUUGAGGUUUACUGUAGCUCAUGUACAUAUAUAAGGGCAGUUGUAGGUGAUAUAUUAGCGUUAUUCGAGAAGAUACCACGCAGAAAAUGUGGUGUUGGCAACACGAAACCUGUCCAGAAGUAUAGGCCCAUUCAGGUUUUAAACUGUAAUUGGGGUAGGAUAUUCCUCUGUAUCAAAGUAUACAAACUGAAGAAUAGUAAAACCACUCUCACUUUCAUGUUCGAACUCCAGACAGUUCAGGAGCCCCAUACUUUUUUGGUGCUAAAAAUAGCUACUCACGGCGGUCACAGAUACCCGGCUGCUUCGCGGACGGGGGACAGACGUAGGGGGAAUCUAGUUUUACUACGGGGUAAAGAAUUGGUAUUCUGAUUACCAGACCAAUAAGUAUUAGAACUUUUCAAAUUAAAAAAGUUCAUCAAGAUGAAUAAUGCGAUUUUUUUACUGGUCUCGUGGUUAAAAUCAAAGAAUUUUUCAUAACUUCGACUCACUUGUACCUCAAAGGUGGUUGCCUCCCGAACUGAAUCUCCUCUGGAUGUAUAAAUGAUCCAUAUUGCCAAAAUAAAUUUUUCCGUGAUAGGUACAAUCUUCUCGUAAAACUAUUUUUGAUAUCAUUUUCGAUGUAAAUCUUCCAAUUGCAGUAUAUGAUUUACUAGUUAGACAUUUGACAGCGUCAACAAAGAACGUAGUAGCUUUUCAAGUCGACGAUUUGGGUUGCUUAUUUUUAUCAACAAUUUAGGCAUCUUUUCACGUCAGUGCACAUGAAAUAGCCAUUAAUGUAUACAAUCUCACGAGCAGAAAGAAGCAUCAAAAAAUUUCUUCCUAUGUAUGUCUCCUUCUUGGGAGGAAGCCAGUGCUUGACGGCCAAGUAGCGUUUGCCUUGAUUGUUAAAAGUGCAGGUCAAUUUUAAAUGAAGGAACCGCUUUGAUGAGGCUGUCCGUCGAUCAAAAAAUGUCUGCUUUCUGUGAAGGGUAUUAAGUUCGAACAUGAAAGUUUUUUAGGCCGAGUGAUUUUAUGACCUUUGAGUCUGUGUUCAUUGGUUUCUUGAUAUCCUCAAUUAUGAUUAGAGACAAACAAAACUUACCUAUGUAAAUAUGAGUCAGAUCUUGUCGGACUGAGGUAUUGACGACACUCUGUGUUUCCAAACCGUUUAAUUUAUUCGUUUAGUGAUAACGUAUGUUAAGUUUACCUGACGGUUAUUUGACUUUUCUCUUGCUUAUUGUCCAGUGUCAUAUGCUGCAUUUGUGUGUAUUUAUUGUCAUUAUUCAAGAUGUUGUUUGGAUGUUAUCAUAACCUAUCUAUUUAUUGUAUCAGUACUGACAUUAGUAUUAGUUUAGAGAUUGUGUAGUGUAUAUUGGACCAUGAACGCAGAGUAACGGUAUACCUUGAACAUUUUAAAUGGAAGGAUCGCAAAACGGAACCAGGUGGGUCAUAAAAUAGCACGUAAGACGAAGAUACACUGGACACUAGCAAAUACCUGAGAAAUUGCAAUGUUUCAGUUGACUACUGCGCUAGCAUACUACCGAUGCUCUUCCGUUAUGGUCUCGCAAAAGACAAUAUGUCAUAAACAAUGGUUUUUGUUGGGCCAUAAUGGAAGUGAAGCAGAGAUGGUCAACAUAGUUCAUUUUACAAUGCAAUUGUGUAUUCCAGAGCUAGAAGCCAGUGUAAUGCAAUAUUUGUACUUUUCCAUGUUGAAAAAACUCAAUACAAUAAAGUAUAAAAGCUACAUUUACAAUGGAUUUUUUUCGAUCUUCUAAGUACUUGUUAUAUAAUAAUGUAUAAAUAGAUCCGAU